AUGGCGGGGGGGCGGGGGCUCGCGGACCCAAUGGCAGCGUGGGGCGGGCCGGGCGCGGCCAAUCGGGGCGGGCGGGCUUUUGAACAUCCUGCGGUCCCGGAAGCGGCGAGGGGAGGUGCUGGUGGCCGCCGCGGCGCUGGGCUGUUGCAGAAUGACCUUGCACUGAGCCUUGGUGGAAGAAACAAGAUUGAAACAUCAGUUCUUCAAUGUGCAUCCUUCUAUUCAAAUUUGACCCCCGGCCAGUUUCAAAAAAAUGCAUACAGGCUUAUUCUAGCAGCUAAUAGAGAUGAAUUUUACCACAGACCAUCCAAAUCGGCAGAUUUUUGGGACAGCAGCAAUGAGAUCCUUAGUGGUCUGGAUAUGGAGGAAGGAAAAGAAGGUGGGACGUGGCUGGGAAUCAGUAAGAAAGGCAAGAUGGCAGCCCUGACAAACUAUAUGCAGCCAAAGAUUGAUAAAAAUGCCAAAAGGAAGAGGUAUGAAGGACGGGGUGCUCUUGUAACAAACUUCUUGACUGCAGAUCUGGACAGCUACUCUUACUUGAAGAAGGUUUCAGUAGAAGGACAUCUUUACAAUGGAUUUAAUUUAUUAGCAGCUGACUUGAAUACCACCAAAGGAGAUGUAAUUUGCUACUAUGGAAACAAAGGAGAACCAGAACCUGUUUUCCUAAAUCCUGGAAUAUAUGGAUUGAGUAAUUCUCUGUUGGAUACACCAUGGAAGAAACUUCAAUAUGGGAAGCAGCUUUUCACAGAAGUGAUCAAGAGAAGUCAAGAACUUUCCAAAGAAGAGUUGGUGCAGGAGCUUCUUGCAGUGAUGAACAAUGAAGAGCCCCAAUUACCAGACCCUGCAAUUGAAGACCAAGGCAAGGAUUAUAUACGUCCUAUAUUGAACCAGUAUGCAGCUGUAUGCGUUCGUAGUCCAGGUUAUGGAACAAGGACUAACACAGUCAUUCUCGUAGAUUCAGAAGGACGGGUUACUUUCACAGAGCGCAACAUGAUCAAUGCAGAUGUCAACCAGUGGAAAACAAGCACCUAUGAAUUCAAACUGCACACUUAGCAACUUUCUGUUUUAAUGGUUUGUAACAAAAGCAAUGAGAGAACAAGCCGUUGACCUCUAGUAAGGCUUUUGUGCCAGCCUCCACAAGCUAAAAAAUAGUAGGGAAAGCAAAAGUUUAAAUACACUGGUAGCAUAGCCUAUCAGGUUUGCAAAUCCUUUGGCUGAAACCAAAAGAAGAAACUGUUCUUAUAUUAAGGAGCAAUUUAUACUCCAGAAAUUAAUUUUUAAGUAUCACCCUGCCUCCGAGGCAAGGCCAUCUUUGCCCAAGACAAAGUCACUGGUUUUUUGUGGGGGUGUUUUGGGUUUUUUUGAAGAUGUUUCAAGUAGACUCAAACAUGUUUCCAGUUCAGAAGAGGGGAAACAUUUGCUAUUUUAUUGUUCACUCAGAAGGUUCUAUCAAACUUUGCUUUUUCUUUGAGAUACACUUUUCAGAUUGUGUAGCUGAUGCCAGGGUGAAUUAAAUGAAUGUACAUUAUCUUUGUAGCAUGGAGUGCUUUGAUAAUGUUUAAACUAUUCAGCAGUGCCAUGGUGCAGUGUUCUGCCUGGGGAGGGCAGAGCAGGGCCAAUUCUUCGCAUUUGUUUUUUGUAGAUAGUACAGCAAUAUAUCUUUAUUUAUAAAACUUGGUUUGAGAGUAGGUACGAAAUUCUGUUCUGUCUUUGUUUAUUUGUACUGAAAUGGGAGCAGACUUGCUUAUCUUUGAGUGGAAUAAAAUUACAUGUAUUGUGACAUCUCGUUUCCUGUCAGUCUAAUCGGCAAUAAUGGUGUUAUUUUCUUCCAGCAGGCAGGUGAGGAGUAGGGAUCUGUUUGCAAACUGAAGAUGAAUAUGAAGCUUACCUAUAUUGGCUGGUUUGUACAUGAGCAAUUCUGAGUUCCUUUCCUUAUUGGUAUAAUAUGUUAAAGCCUGGAGUGAUUGCUUAUAGAUUCUUAGUAAUAGCAGCUAUUUAUUGUAAGGUGACAUUAUUGCAGUCUUACACUGCUGAAAAAGUUGGAUGUUAAGAUGCACUUCAUAUGGUCUAACAUCUGUGGAUUAAAAAGCUAUUUAAAUGCAUGCUUUUUUCAAUUAUUCAGUGCCAGUGUAAGUGAUAGAAGAUUUUAGCUAAUACCAAGAUUUUUUAAACCCGAAGUUAUUUUGCUGCUAUCGAUGUUCAGUUUUGAGUUACUUUGAAUGCUGAAUAUCAAGUCAGUAAUGGAUCACUGCUGUUUUUUUCUGUAUAUAUGCUGAAUGUAUUCUUUUGAAAAGCCUCUGAUUGUUAACUAGUUAUUACUAAGUAGCAACAUUUCUGGUAUUCUUCACAAAGAUGUGCAACUACUCCCUGCGCUCAGGCCUUCUCACUAGUGUGUGUGUCAGUCCAUAAUAGAGGCAGCAGUAAAUCAGACUUCACCUCAGUGGGAAGUCCUGUGAAAGGCCAUUUUGAGAUUUCUAAUUGCCAGCAGAUGCUAAAGUAGCAUUUAGUCAAUUAUUUCCUUUGUAUUUGCACAUUUAAAUAUCUUCUAAAUACCAGGACUGCUUGCAUGAGUAGUCACAGGUUGUUGAUUCAGUAUUAUAUAAAUGACGUUUUGACCACCUUGAUCGCAAGAUGAUCAAUACAGUCUUGUGGGGUUGUCCAUGGUUUCGAACUUGGAGCCAUCCAAACUGGUUUUUGUGAGCUGUAGGAACCAGUUAACCAGUUAUUAUCGGUGACUGUUGAAAUCAUAUAUUUGUAUGAAUAGAAAUGUUAUUGUUCUUUUUGGGUGCAAAGAAAUAACCAUAACUGUCUUAAAUUUGAAUUUCACAAGUGCAUAUUUAAAAAAGAACCUUUGCUUUGAUGGCUUGCUCAUACUGAGAGUUUGUAUCAGAUUUUUUUGUAUCUUAAGAAAAUAAUCACCAGUGUAUACUUCAACAAGGCAUUCUCUUUGAGGACACUGCAAAAUGGCAAGCAAAAUGCUUGCAUGCUAGAAGCAUUUAUAAAUAUUAUUUUUUUUAUAGCAGUCCUGUAAUAAUGAAAAUUGAUUUCUGUUUUUUGCAUAUAGGCAAAAGAAAAGCAAGUCAGAGCGUAGGCGUAAAACCAGAUAAAAAUAAAUUUUAUUUUGCUUCAGUCAAAAUUCCUAAUCUGGGAGUUGCUUCUUCUGACAAUUAAACAGUAAAGAAACAAACUCCCUGAUGUUAUUUUUUUAUGUUAGAGUAGUUAAGAAGGUGAGCUUUUUUAAAAUUCUCUUGAGGCUUAUGAGAGCUUUGGCUUCAGUGGAAACAGGAUCAGGACUGCAGUGUAGCUACCAGCAAAUGGUGCUUGUCCAUAAAAAUGAUCAGGUAUUAAUGAAAUGCUUAAUUCACUGUAUGCAAAUUAUAGUUGCAGUGAAUCCAUUGGGAAAAGGUAAAGCAGCUAUAGUAAAAGCAUUUUAUUUUUAUAAAAGUAUUUUUAAGAAUAAAAGAGGAUUUUAAAUAUCAGUUUUAAAGGAUACAAAUGGGAAAAAGUCUAUAGGAAACUAUUGCUUAGCAUUUUACUAAGUUGGCUUACAUAUAACAUUUUUCAAAGUCAUAAAUUUGCAAGAGAUUUUCGGUUUCUGUCUUUUUCUAUCAAAAUGGCAGUGAAAGAAUAAAAUCUGUAAAAACUCAA